UGGCGCCUUUUUACAUAGUCCAUGAUCGUUCUUCCAGUGUUUCGCGUAAGAAACAGAAAUUCCCUAUGACCCUAGCCAACUGCAUUCCACGAUAUAUUUAUUUUCCCGCCACAAUCUAUCCAUAACACUUUGUUUUGAAUAAUGACAGUACAUUGUACGUAUCGCAAAGGUAUUUAUAUUUGUUGAAUUGUCGACAAGUUAAGAAAAAAAAUGGGAGAUUUGGAAAAUUUGGCCGAUUUACUACCGACCUAUUACGCGAGAUUAUUUCCUUUCAAUGAUUAUUAUCGUUGGCUUAGCUAUGGGAGCGCGGAUUUAUUUAAUCGCAGAGAAUUUUCUUUUACCCUGCAAGAUGACAUUUACCUUCGUUUUCAAGCGUAUAGAAAUUUGAGUCAAUUGGAGUGUGAAAUGAAAAGGCUUGUUCCAUUUAAAAUAGAUAUAGGAGCUGUAUACAAUUUGUGUCCAAAGAAUCAGCGUAAAGGCACAAAUUUUCAACCUGUUGAGAGAGAAUUGGUAUUUGAUAUUGACAUGACAGACUAUGAUGAAGUAAGGACGUGCUGCAGUGGGGCUGAUAUCUGUUCUAAAUGUUGGAAAUUCAUGGUGCUUGCCUGUAAAAUUUUGGACAGCUCAUUAAGAUUGGAUUUUGGAUACAACCAUAUUUUAUGGGUUUUCUCUGGUAGAAGAGGUUUACAUUGUUGGGUAUGUGAUCCUUCUGCACGUAGCUUAGGUUCAUAUGAGCGUGGAGCAGUAGCAGAGUACUUGCAAAUUUUAGAUGGUGGAGAAUACAUGAAGAAGAAAGUCAAUUUGUCUGGUGAUAAAAUACAUACAUCUAUCAGGCGUGCACUGGAUCACAUAGAAGCAGUUUUUGUGCCAGUAUGCAUAGAAGAGCAAAAUAUACUUGGUACAAACGAAGGAGUGGAAAAAUUCUUGAAUGUAUUUCCAGAAGAGGAUAGACAAGAAGCGAAAGCAUUGUUCGGUCAAUACAAUUCUAGCAAAGAUAGGUGGAACGCGUUUGUUAAACACGUUAGAAAUAAAAAUCAGGGUGAUAAAAAAUGGAAACAGUAUCGACAUCUUGUAGAAGAAGUAAUGCUACAGUACGCGUAUCCCAGAUUAGAUAUAAAUGUUACCAAAGGAAUGAACCAUCUCUUAAAGUCUCCUUUCUGCGUUCAUCCGAAAACCGGCAAAAUUUGCGUACCAUUUGCACCAAGUGCAGUGGAUAAAUUUCAAUUAGAUCAGGUUCCAACUAUCACGACAGUGAUCGAAGAAAUAAACGAGUUCGAUCAGAAAGAAAAGGUAGAACAGGAAACGUACGAAUUAAGCGCGAAAAGAAUAAAAGAUUACAAGAAGACUAGUAUCAAUAAAUCACUCCGCGUCUUUCAAGAGUUUUUGUGGGGUUUAGAAAAAGAACGAAAGGGACAAAAAAUUAAAGAAAGCGACGAGAAAAUGGAAUUUUAAUUACAAACUGCAAAUUCUCCAAAGAUCGAAGACUUUUUCACAAAAUCAAUAAAAAAGUAAUUUUUUAAAGUAUUUGCGAAUAAUACUGAUGGAAUAAAGACAAGAAAUGCGUUAGAAAAUUAUUUUUGUACACAAACCUACGAGCAACAAUAAUUGUAUAUUAUAAAGAAAGCUGUACUAUAAUUAAUUAUACUAAUAAAAUCA